AUGAAGUUGCUCAUUUCUUGCGCAGUGGUUAUUGCCGCUGCCGUUGUUUAUGCAGCUCCUAUUGCCGAGGAGGCUACUGAUAAGGGGGCUGUCCAGAAAGGUGCCGGGUACUGGGUGUAUGGUAUUCCCCCAGCGGAAGCCGAUGAGGACUAUAAGAUGAAGAGAGAUGACACCGAGGUUGAGAGGAAUGUUCAGAAGGGUGCCGGGUACUGGGUGUAUGGUAUCCCACCAGCGGAAGCUGACGGGGACUACAAGGAGAAGAGAGAUGAGUCUGAGGUCAAGAAGAGAGCUGUCUGGCAAGGAGGCCAGUACUGGGCAUAUGGUAUUCCCCCAGCGGAAGCUGACGAGGACUACAAGGAGAAGAGAGAUGAGUCUGAAGUCGAGAAGAGAGCUGUUUGGCAAGGAGGCCAGUACUGGGCGUAUGACGUUCCCCCAGCGGAAGCCGAUGAAGAGUACGAGUAA